GUAAUUUCUCGGACUUACCUUCCUUAAACCAACUUGAAGUACUCCAACGCUACCGUACGGACCGCGACGUCGAGACGUGGCAGUAAUGGCAUGGAUUUCAGAAUUUGAAGUACGUUGACCGACUGUUACAUUGAGGAUCUGAAAAACCAGUUAUAACUUUACGCUGAGUUCUCUCUGACCAUUCCUUGCGCCCUUUCCAUCAGCCAUGUUACAAUUGUCUGACCUGUCCAUUCCUGACAAUGCACGGCUCAUUGUCGGCACUGUGACUUGUCUUGGUGUGAUCGGAAUAAUUGCUCAGGCUUACCUUCCUCAAUUGACGAACGGCUUUCAUCUCCCACCUUCCCCUUCCACUUGGAGGCUUCGGGGACACUUUCUGCCGCAUCGCAAGUCAUUUCUUACCAUAGCGGGUUGGGUUGACGAGCAUGGUCCUCUGAUUACUCUUCGGUCGGGACUCAGAAAAUUCGUGGUUAUUGGCCGCUACAAAGCCGCUAUGGAUAUCAUGGAGAAUCAGGGCGCAGCUCUAGCUGACCGUCCUCGCAUGAUUGCUGCUGGAGAGAUAUUUAGCGGCGGACAGGGCCUCACCUCUACACCCUUUGGAGAAAAAUUCCGUCGGAAGCGUAGAGCACUUCAUACGCACCUCCAGCCUAAAGCAGCCGAGGCUUAUCAGCCCCUGCUGAUGUCCCACGCGAAGAACCUGGUCCUCGAGAUUCUUGAUGAUCAACACAACUUUCAGAACCACGUGAUAACUUUUUCUUCGACGACAAUGAUGAAAGUCGCAUAUGGUACUACUACGCCUACUUCUGCGACCGAUCCCCUAGUCAAGGAGAUGUACCAACUCAUGAAGGUGGUCAGUAAACUCCUACGCCCUGAUGCCUACUACCUGGUGGACUCGAUCCCAUGGCUCAAACACAUUCCUUGGUAUGGCCGAGAAUUGAAACGGGGGUUUGAGAGGAGCAAGCGGCUCCACACUGGUCAGCUGAAUCGAGUAAAAGAGCAAAUGCAAGGCGAUGUGGACAUUGGUCCUUCGUUCACGAGAUUUAUGUUAGAAAAUAGCGACCACUAUGGUUUGACAGAGGUCGAGACAGCUUUCCUCAGUGCUGCCUUCUUUGGAGCUGGCUCUGAUACGACUACUUUGGCCUUGUGCAACGUGCUCCUGGCAGCCGCAUGUUUCCCCGAGGAGCAGAGUAAAGUUCAAGUCGAGCUCGAUGCGGUCAUCGGCAGGCACCAAGCGCCGACUUUUGCCGACCAACAAUCCCUAACUCGUCUGCGUGCCUUCAUCUCUGAGGCUUCGAGAUGGAGACCUGUUGCUCCCAAUGGGGUUCCUCACCGAACAACCAAAGAUGUGAUUUGGGAAAACUACUACAUUCCAGCCGGCACUACAGUAUUCGGCAACACUUGGGCCAUCUGUCGAGAUCCAGAAGUAUUUCCCGAGCCUCACGCAUUCAAGCCUCAACGCUGGAUUGACGACCAAGGUCGCCUGAGAGAUGAUUUAAAUAAUUUUCUUUUUGGGUUUGGUCGGCGUAUUUGUCCUGGUCAACAUAUCGCAAACAGAUCGGUAUUCAUAGGCGUGGUCCUGAUUCUUUGGGCCUUCCGGCUCAGCCUCGAUCCUACACAGCCGUUGGAUGACACGGGGUUCCUGAAUUCGGAGAAAACACACCGGCCGUGCUCUAUCAAAUUCAAGUUGAGGAUUCCCGAAGCAGAGCUCAGGCGCAAUAUGAAGAGUUAUCCUGAGGUCGUGUCAGUGGAUGAGACUGAUCAUCGCUAGAGAGAGAAUGAAGAACCUGUUCGGAAUGAAUCAGUGACCAGUAUCGGAACUAUGCCACUAAGACAUGUUUUCGCAACAAAUCACGUAAUUUGUUUCCAUGUAAUAACUAUCGAUUAUGCUUUGUCGUUAACAAUUGAGUUUCACCGUGUAGUUCAUUCCAUGGAGAUCGGCGAACACUCGACUGGAGGACACCCUGCCCAAGAUGUUAGACAAAUCUAUCAAACAGGAAGGUACUGGCGACGAUGCAGAAUGUCAAUGAGGUCCCAGCCCAGUGUGCGGCUGAGCCUCAGCUGUAACGAUGUCUUUGAAAUUAUGAGCCACCUAGGCUUACGAACUCUCCAGUCAUGAUUCCGGCGGGCGGCUGAUGGGGCCGCAGCGAACACUCAAUCUCAAUAGCAC